CCUUUGAUCCCCAGAUAUGGCGCGAUGACCGUUCCUGGCGGCGCGCAGACUGAGGAACCCACAGGAGCGGCCACUGGGGAGCCCAUAGCGACGGCGACUGAGGAGCCCACAGGAGAGGCCACUGGGGAGCCCAUAGCAGCGGCGACUGGGGAGCCCACAGGAGCGGCGUCGAACGGCGCUUCGGACGAGUUCCAGGGUCCGACGCCGACGCCUCCCUCAGACAAGUGUUCGCUUCUCUCUGAUGCUUCGGAGAACGGACCUCCAAAUGGAAGCGAAUUACCCCGCGGCAGCCAAGCCGAAGGAGCCGAGGCUGAAGAUUCAGCGCUGCCAGUGCUGGCGCCGGUGAUGGCAGCGGCGCGGACGGAGAGUGGAGACGGCCAGGCAGAGGAGCCCCCCGCGCCGCCACAGGAGGCUGGCCGAAGUCCGCUCACGCCCCCAGAAAGCCCUCCAGCGAAACCUCCAAGAGUCCCCGAAAUUAACGAAGACAUUGUUCUCCCGCCGAACGCUCCUCAGGAAAUUCCGGAUGUUCACUGCGCUGAGGAAGUCGAAGGACCGACAGAUUCACCGACACACGAAUUGGAAGACCAAUCAAAAUGCAGCUUAGAUCCUACAAAACUGUCCUUGGCCGCGGACAGGGGAGCAGUAAGCAACGAGGCCAAUUACAGAAAGGUGUCGCUCCCCGCCAAGCUCAACGAGCCGGCCAGGGAGGCGCCAGUGCCAAAGCCGCGCAAAGUGUCCUUGAACCCCUUUGACAGCGACGAAGACAACGAGGAGGAAAGGCGAAGGCGGAGCGCGCCGAGAGAGGCGCCGGUGCCGCUGCCUCGCAAGAAGAUCUCCAUGAACCCCUUCGAGAGCGACGACGAUGACGACGACGACGGCAACAACAAUCAAGGAACAGCCGAUUCGUCAAAGGAAACCAAGCCAGCAGGAACGAAUCCUUUCGACGAAGACGAAGAGGAGGAGGAGGCGUCUAUAUGGAAAGUGAAUCCAGCCACAGGAGAGCUAGAGUUCAAGCCAACUUUGUCCUCUUCCCCGGCAACUAAUUCUCGAUCCUCCAGUCAGUCUUCUCUCACACUCCAGCGGUUAAAUGACUCAAUAGCGUCUCUGAACGCGCAGCUCGCAAGAACGCCACACGAACCUGUUUCAACGAAUCCCUUCGACGAAGACGAGGACGACGAAUUCAAUGAAGCCGCCUUGUCGAGAGACUCGACGCGGAUGUCUCUUUCCAUGGGGGGGCCGUCGCCCAUGCAGCGGGACGGCGCGCGCUGCUCCUUGCCGCCCUCGACGCGGACCAGAGUCGGCAGGAAGAAGAGGCCGGCGCCACUGCCCCCAGGCCAGCGGCCGCCGAUCCGAGCGCGACGCCCCUCGAGCCCCGCUGCGACCACGACAGUCUCCCGCGGGGCGGCUCGACGGGGAUGCCCCUCCACGACUCGCCAAGGAAGUCCUCCACGGGCUCCCUCCACAUCCUUUCUGGCUCCCCCAGGAUCCAGUCACCCCGGAAGCCGCCCCCGCCACGCCGCCCGCCCCUGAGCAGU